UCUUUAAUGUUUACAUGAACUUUUCUCUUCUCUACAAAAUGGAGAGAGCACCUGAUUGCUAUGAUGCAAGGAGGCUUCUUGAACACUGGUUUAAUAUCAUAUUUAAUGGAGAAGGAUUACUUGUGACAAACUUUAAAGUCAGGGAUAAUUAUCCACACCACGGUGCCCAUAAGAGGACUCAUGGGAAGGUAAAGCAGAUGUCACAAAGCUAUGCCUGUAAGGCCACUGUAAAGGCCCUGAAAAUACAAGAAGUCUUGAGUCUCAAGAUCAAAGAUUUGUUGAAUGACACUUACAAAGAGGGAACAUUUUCCCUGUAUGUGAAACCUGAAGAUGUGGCUGUGAAGUCAAUAGCACUAGUGGGUUGUUCAGAAAGAUCUUCACUCACAAGGUACAAGGGGAAUUAUUCCUGGCCUGUAACAAGUCCAGCCUCUAAGACAGAAGUCAGCUGCAGGAAAAACCCUCUGCAGUCUGCUCAGAGGAGCUGUGAAAUUAGUAUUGAACUUGAGCAAGCUUUUUGGAAGAAACCAAACAUGACUGAAUGCAAGUUACUGGAAAAACUUCCAAAUAGUAUUCUAGACCUCCAAGAUAUCAAGCUAACAGAAGAGAAUGCACAAGAUGUUGUACAGCAUAUUUUAUACCUCUUGCCUGAUGCAACACUGCAUGCAGAAGAAUUAGAAAUCAUUGCAAGGAAAAUUUCUGAUAUCGUAGAGCUUGCAGAUAUGAGUGUGACACUUGCAGAGACUGUGUUGUCUAUACUAGACUAUAUUCUGCUGCAAGAAAUAGAAGAUGAGAACUUUAGAAAAAUAACUGAUUGUAUCCUGAAGAUGACUGAGGAGAUGGGCUAUAAGGUUCUCUACACAGAGAGAAAUAUAUCAGUCCUAACUACAUCCUUGGCCCUCUUAGUGCUGCGUCCAGAUCCCAGACUGUUUGGAGGACUGGCCUUUGGGAUUACCUCCUACAACAGAGGCGUGGAUCUCAAGAUCAGUGUACAAGAAAACCCUUUCAGAAAGGCUUUGGCCUCGGUGUUUCUGCCAAAAUCCCUGAAGAACUUCCUAGGGAUCAAGUACUCUGACCCAGACAGGCGUUCAAAGAUACAGUUCAAGUUUUUUGGCACUACUUCACUUUUUCUGGAUGACAGUUUAACGAUGGAGAGGUUGAACACUUACGUUGUGAGUGCCAGCAUUGAAAAUGCAUCAGUUCAGAACCUUAACGAGCCUGUGACUGUUACUCUCCACCACAUAGACCAGAACAGGGGCAAUGCAGCAGUGCACUGUGUCUUUUGGGACUUUGGGAAAAACAAUGGACUGGGUGGUUGGAAUACAUCGGGGUGUGAAAUGGAAUAUACAGAUAUGAAUUAUACAAUCUGUUUUUGUAACCACCUUACCCAUUUUGGAGUCUUACUGUACAACUACAGGUCUUCAACAGCACCGGCCAUGGGACAUCAGAGAUGUAGGUUACCAGUCUGUGGUUCAAUGUUUCAUGAAAUAGAAGAGAAGCUGUUUCAGGGAACAACAAAAUCCCCUCAAUGUUCCUCCUGGUAGCAGCUGUGGAGAAGCAGGGCCAAGCCUCCUGUCUGAUUUUCCAGUGGUGCUUUCUGGACAGGGAGGAUCUACUAUGCUCCAAGACAUUUAGCAGGUUUGUGCAGGUCCCAAGCACGGCAGCUGCCACUGAAACAAAGCAGUUUCUCCUACAAAGUGAGCUCCCGGUGGAAUAAUUUCGGUAAGAUCCCAGAAUCCAUGUUCAGUUUGUCCUUUCUGAAGAACAUCUUUUCUAGCUUUAUGCCUUAUUGCUGGAUACUUUAAAUACUGCUGGUUAAUUUACCAUUUGCUAGUUUGGAUAUUCUGUGGGACUAUACAAUAAGAAACACAUAAAUAUAUUAAUGGAAAAUCUCUAAAAGUAGCAGUAAGCAGUACAGUAAUUUCACAAUAUGAAAGUGUGGAAGGGGAUUUUCUAAAUCCGUCUUGGCAAACAACAGUGUUUCUUUUAUCUUGUA